AUGUCUCUUCCCGCUCUGUGCCUGCUGGCGUACUUUGUGUACCUCCUCGCACGUGUCGUUUACCGCCUAUAUUGCCAUCCACUAUCCCGCUUUCCUGGCCCCAGGAUUGCGGCAGCCACAAGCUGGUACGAGGGCUACUACGAAAUUGUCCACAAGGGGCAGUACUCGAAGCAAAUCUCCAAGCUCCACGAUCUCUAUGGCCCUAUUGUAAGAGUGACGCCUGAUGAACUGCACAUACGAGACCCAUACUUUUACGACCAAGUCUACGCCAAGAACGUCCACCUCGACAAGGAGGGUUGGGACAAGAGGUUUGGGUGUGCAGGCGGCCUGCUGCCGACCGUUAACGCGGAGCAGCACAAGCGACGCCGUGCUGCGUUGGCUCCCAUGUUCUCACGCCGCUCCAUCCUCGACUUCAUACACAUCAUCCACCGCCAUGUCAACACCCUCUCCGUGCGCAUGCAAGAGUUUGAGGCUCAUGCAGAGCCGCUUAACCUAUCCCAUGCCUUCCCCGCCCUGACAGGCGACAUCAUCAUGGACUACUUCUUCGGCUUCAACUACAACCAGCUCAAGCAUCCUGAAUUCGAGUCAUUCCAUGAUGCAUUUAUUCGGGUUGGCGGUGUGGGUCACAUCGCCACGCAGUUUCCCAUGAUACUUCCCAUUCUCGAUUGUAUCCCUGACCGUAUCAGCGGCUGGCUGCAGCCAGCAGUGAAGCCAGUGCUCAAGUUCAAGCAGGAUAACCGGAAUCACAUUGCGCGCACCCUUAAGGGCGAAGACAUCAAAUCCAACGAUGCGAAGAAGACCAUCUUCCAAGAAAUUGUCGGCUCUAAGCUACCUGACUCUGACAAAACACAGAAGCGUCUCGAGGAUGAAGCGCAAAUCAUCAUCGGGGGCGGCGUAGAGACAACCGCCUUCUCCCUCUCCACAGCCGCGUUCCACAUCAUCAGCACCCCACGCAUCUACGAGCGCCUCCACAAAGAGCUCGUAGAAGCUUUUCCCAACAGAGAUGACUUAGAUUUGGCCCCACUGGAGAAGAUGCCGUAUUUCAAAGCCAUCAUCAUGGAAACCGCGCGCAUGUCAUACGGCUUGAGUGCUCGAAACCCCAGAACACACAAGACGCCUCUGCAGUACAAGGAAUGGGUUAUCCCCGCAGACACUUGCAUUUCCAUGACCAUCCCCGAAGUCUCCCACGACGAAACUCUCUUCCCUUCUUCCCGCACCUUCAUCCCGGAGCGCUGGCUCAACGAUCCCAAGACCGCUGAUGGUAUUCCGCUGGAGCGCUUCAUGGUUUCUUUCGGUCGCGGUACGCGCAAUUGUCUCGGUAUCAAUCUGGCAUAUGUGGAGCUGUACCUCACGCUGGGUAUGUUGUUCCGGAAGUACAAGUUUGAGCUUCACGAGAGUGAUGUCAGCGAUGUGGAGUUGGGUCAUGAUUUCUUCAUUCCGGUUGCGAAGCUGGAUAGCAAGGGGUUGAGGGUUUUGGUUACGAGGACGGAGGAUUAA